AGCUCUAAUAAGUAAUGGUCCACGUACAGCAUAUUCCAUACGUCGUAAAUUUGAGUAAACAUUGUCAACAGUUAAUGUUUUAUCUGUUUGAUAUUUAGCCAUAUUGCGAGUUGUAACAAUGCCGGUUGCGGGUUGAUUUUGUACUGUGAGCAUACGUCUCUUUCCCAUCAAUGCAAUACGAUAUUUAUGGCUUGGUGGGACAAAUGCCAUGCUGCCAAAGUAACGUUGUCUCCCAACCCUUAAUAAAUUUAUUGACGAGUAGCAAUCACUACCAAUAAUAUUUUUUAAACUUACAGACAUUCUUGUUAUUAUUAUUUUUUUAUUAUUAAUAAAACCGAUAGAUAGUUCAAAUAAAAUACUUUUAUAUAAUCACUCACACGAACACACAUCCACGCAGUUUUUGGAGUAUUUUUAUUUUAAUUAUCGUGACAAGGUUGCCAAAGUUUAUCUCGAUAAGAUUAUUUCGUAAUCGUUUGUUUAUUUUUUUUUUAUUUAUUGAUAAAUACAAAGAGACUAUUAACACUUGAUAAAAUGAUAAAAGUAAAAUACUGUGUGUGUGUAAAUUUGUUUGCAAAAUUAAGUAGUAUGUAAAAGUGUCAAUUGUGAAUAGUAAAAUAGUAUUUUAUAUUUGAUGCGCCGAAUCCAGAAGGAGAGAAAUUAAAUGUCUCCAACACUGAGUGUGCACCAAGAACAACUGUGAAUUUGCUCUGAAAAGGGUGGAGUAUGCGAAUCAUGAAAAAGAUGAUUUCUCUUCCCGGAAGACGCUUCUGGGUGUGGAUAUAUACCUCGAGAGACUAUCAGGCAGACUUGACCAUGUAAAUCUUCAUCUCAUCUUUAAAACGACAAAGGAAUAAACAAAGCUGUGUUAUGCUGAUAAAUUGAUGAAAGAAAUGAUGACAUUAAUCUGUCCAAAUUGCCGUCAUCCAUUUCCGAUGCCGGGUUGUUGUAACCCAGCAUCACAAACAAAAUUACCAUCAACAAUGCAACAAGAUGAUGAUAAUUAUUUUAGUGGUUUAUUAGUACCACGUGGAUAUAAUCAUAAAUCUGAAUGUAUUAUAAAUUCAUCAACAAAUGAAUCAUCAAUAAAUGACAUUGACGAUUCAAAUCAUAAAGUUAAAUUAUUAAAAAAAAAUUCAGAUCAUAAAUUACAAACAACAUGUGAUUUAUCAAAUGGUACACUUACAAUAACACCAAGUAUACAAUCUGGUGGUUUUUUAAUUGAAACAACUGAUUCUGGUGUAUUAAUAAAAGCACCAAAAAUUGAAAUAAAAUCAAAUAACAUAAAUGGUUCAUUUAUUUUAGAUAAUAAAAAUGUUGAUAAUAAUGAUAAUAAUAAUCAUUAUAAAACAGAUGAAAUGUGGGUAUUACCAACACCAAGUGGUUGUCAAGAGUUGCCAGGUAUACGACGUAAUUCAACAAUUAAAUCACCAUUAUCGUGUUCAUUGACACCAUCAUCAUCAUCAUCAUCUACUUCUUCUUCUUCUUCAUCAUCACAAGCACCACCACCACCACCAGUUUAUCACAAUUACAAUUAUAAUAUAAAUUAUCAAGAUGUAAAAAGAAAUAAUUCCUAUAAUUCUGAUUAUCCAAGUGAUUAUCAUAAAAAUUAUUCAUCAUCAUAUUGUAAUUCUUCAACACGUGAUGAUAAUUCAUUAAAAAUACAUGCAACAGUACAAUUACCAAAAAAUAUAAGUGGUUGUACUGUUAAUAUAACAGCAACAACAACAUCAACAACAAAUGAUACAUUUAAUAAUAAAAAAAUUAAUAUUAUUAAUCGUAAUAAUUUUAAUGGUGGUGGUAUUGUACAAAGAGAUGAUUAUGAUCAUUCAACAAUAGGACAAAAUAAUAAUAAUAAUAAUUGUGAUAAUAAUUCACCAACAACACCAAUAUCUUGGAUAACAUCAAUGCCAUGGGAUUAUAAUUCUGAUUUACAAAAUAAAAAUAAUUUAAAAUUAGGUGAUAUUAAAAGAUUAUUACAAACAAGUGGCUGGUAUUAUGAAGGUUUAAGUUGGCAACAAAGUGAAACAUUAUUAAAAAAUACACCAGUUGGUACAUGGUUAAUGAGAGAUAGUUCUGAUCAUAGAUAUACAUUUGCUGUAUCUGUACAAACACCAAGAGGACCAACAUCAGUUAGAGUAUUAUGGAUUGGUAAAUUUCGUCUUGAUGCUGAACCAAAAAUGGCAUCAAAUAUGCCAACAUUUAAUUGUCCAAUUGAAAUGCUUGAAUUUUAUGUUAAUUAUUCAAAUAAAAAUGAUGAUAAAUCACAUGUUUGGAUUGAUUCAAGUGGAAAAGUAUAUAGUCAAAUAUAUUUAUCACAACCAUUAUCAAAAAGUGUUAAAUCUUUAUCACAUUUAGCAAGACUUUCUGUUAAUAAACAUAAAAUUAAUAUUGAAAAUCUUCCAUCACCAAUUAAAAGCUAUAUUGAUGAAUAUCCAUACACAUUUUAAUUAGUUGUAUUUACAAAAAAAAAUAAUAAUAAUCAAACAAGAAAAGAAAAAAUAAUAAUAAAUAAAGCUACAUCUUCCACUUUGAAUUAAUCAUUUUUAAUUUUUUUUUUUCUUUUUUUUUCCUUUAUAAAUAUUCAAGUAUUUUAUAUAUAAAAUAAAAUCUAAAUUAUUAAGCGCGGGGUCGCAGUUGAAGGUUCCUAAACUUGAUGCUUGGAUUUAAGUGUUUGUGUAAAAGUAUGUGUGUAUGUGUAUUAAUAAUAUAUAUAUAGAUAAUUGUAUUUGUACAAUGUGAAACAAAAAAAAAGUUUGACUUGAUAUGAGCGGGGUCAAAGGAAAAAAAAUAUAUAUAUCAAGUCGAAUGACCAAAGAGUUGA